GACACCGAACCUGAUGGUGAAACUAUGCACUUGGGCUUCAUCAUGAACGAACUAGCUACUGAGGCCUGUUCUGAAUAUGAGCAUCGCUCUGAUGGUCUCCCUUCAUCACUUCAGGAAGGCCUUUCUACCACAGACCAUACCACAACAGGUCUGGAAGAACUAGGCGUUGCCGAACUGGAUGAAGACGAAGAGGAUCUUUCAGGCGAUCUCCUCUCUCCAGCACUUACGGCCGUAACUACUGCUGAUUCUGUAGGUCUUGGAGUCCCGGUCUCAGGCGUUACCUUGGUUCAUUCAGGGACCAACAGACGUAAAUCUCCAGUUCGACCCAUGCAGGUUCUACAAACUGGUAAAGCUGCACCAGCGACUCGGUAA